CCUAUGCAUAUCCACAUACUUCCAUUCUCUUUCGUACCCCCACCACAUAGCGAAAAAACCAAAUGAUAAUGAAGGUGAAGAAACCGACAUACGACCGACAUACGGUUCUAUUAUCCAGUCGUUACUCUGUAUCAAUUCGUAAACACAACUUGCCUGUUCAAAAUAUUUGGCUUAUUUAAACCGAACCAUAAUUAAAAUGCUGUCUGUCUUUUCGCAGUUUCAAAUAUUCCCAGAGCCCGAAAAGAGCGGGAAGUUGUGAACGGGGGAAGGGCAAGUUAAGUAGGCCUAACGUUUUGUGAAGUGUUGUAGUAGGCUACACAGAUGGAACGCCCCAUGUUUCAAAAUAACCAAUACACGCCUGCGGGGAAAAUGUCUCGACAAACACACCAGUGGCUUGUUCGAGUGACUCAUUAGCCUAGGAGUGGGUAGGCCUAUAUAAUCAUGGAGCGAACUCGUUGAGGCAUUCGGAAUCUGAACUCUUCAUCAUGCCUGACCCAGCCAAGCCUGCCCCUAAGAAGGGCUCCAAGAAAGCCGUGAGCAAGACUGCCGGAAAGGGUGGCAAGAAACGCAAGAGGACCAGGAAAGAGAGCUAUGCCAUCUACGUGUACAAAGUCCUGAAACAAGUCCAUCCUGACACCGGGAUCUCUUCCAAGGCCAUGAGCAUCAUGAAUUCCUUUGUUAACGACAUCUUUGAGCGCAUCGCUGGCGAGGCUUCCCGCCUGGCUCACUACAACAAACGCCACACCAUCUCGUCGAGGGAGAUUCAGACUGCUGUGCGUCUGCUUCUGCCUGGUGAGCUCGCCAAGCACGCCGUGUCCGAGGGAACCAAGGCCGUGACCAAGUACACCAGUUCUAAGUAAAUCGUUCAGCCAACAACCCAAAGGCUCUUUUAAGAGCCA